UGCUAAAUGACCACAAUUAUAAUAAGACUUUUAUAACCCUAUUUAAAUUUUAUCAUAAAAGGACAAAAAUUAAGUGUGAACACAACUUUUUUCAAAAAACAAGUGGAAAGUGGAUGGUGGGGUCGGUAUUACAACGAAAAAACAGCAUGAAGAAGCUCUAUUUUAUUUUAGGUUGAGUUUCUUUUACUUUCAUACUUAUAUAUGCCAGCCUGGCAUACAUACACCAAGAUUAAUGGCACUUCUAAACCGUGUUUUUCAUUCCGUUACUAAUUAAACCAUACUUUACAAUGCUUCUUUUCUUUUUCCUAAUUCCCACUUCCAUCACUAUAUAUAAACACUUCAUUUCUCAUUUUUCCUAUAUGCAUUUUGCACUACUUUCCAACUAUUCAUAUAGUAGUAAUUAAUUCCCCAUAUAUAUAUACAUACUAACUACUAGUAUUAUUAUUAUUUAUAACUUAGUAAUAGAUACAUACAUACAUACAUACAUACACUUGAACGAUCAUCGAUCUCCAUAAUAUACUUGUUCCACGUACAUACUAUCUAUCAUUUGGUACAUAUUACAUUGAUUGUGUCCAUAGAAAAAUUGACGAGAAUGUGGUGUCGAAUAAUUGUGCUAGUAGUGGCGCUGUGCAUGGCAGCAGUUGUUGCGGAGGAUCCUUACAGAUACUUCGACUGGAGAAUCAGCUACGGCGACGUAUAUCCUCUCGGCGUCCGCCAACAGGGAAUUCUGAUAAAUGGACAAUUUCCAGGUCCUGAUAUAUACAGCGUCACCAAUGACAACCUUAUCAUCAACGUCCAUAAUGACUUGCCUGACCCUUUUCUUCUCACUUGGAAUGGACUCCAACAAAGGAAAAAUUCAUUUGAAGAUGGUGUAUAUGGAACAACAUGUCCCAUCCCUCCAGGAAAAAAUUUCACAUACAUAAUGCAGGUGAAAGAUCAAAUUGGAAGUUUCUUCUAUUUUCCAUCACUCCAAUUCCACAAAGCUGCUGGUGGAUUUGGAGGAAUUAGGAUUCUCAGUAGGCCAAGAAUUCCAGUCCCUUUUCCUGAACCUGCUGGUGAUUUCACCAUUCUUAUUGGAGAUUGGUACAAAACUGAUCACAAGGUCUUAAAAACAAUUUUAGACCGCGGAAAGAUGCUCAAAUUCCCUGAUGGCAUUCAGAUCAAUGGCCUGGGUCGUGAUGGUGCAAGAUUCACCGUUGAACCAGGGAAAACAUACAGGUUAAGAAUAUCCAAUGUGGGACUUCAAAAUUCACUGAACUUCCGAAUUCAGGGACACAAAAUGAAGUUGAUUGAAGCUGAGGGAACUCACACAAUUCAAACUACAUUGUCUUCUCUUGAUGUACAUGUUGGCCAGUCCUACUCAGUGUUGGUCACUGCAGAUCAGCCUGCUCAAGACUACUACAUAGCUGUUUCCAGCCGCUUCACCACUCAAAUACUCAAUUCCACAGCCAUUCUUCACUACAGCAACUCGAAAAAGCCGGUUUCUGGACUGCCUCCUCCAGGGCCCAUCGAUGUUUCUUGGUCUCUAAAUCAGGCUCGUUCUAUCAGGACUAAUCUUACAGCCAGUGGGCCAAGACCAAAUCCUCAAGGCUCCUACCAUUAUGGUCAGAUCAAUGUCACUAGAACAAUAAGACUAGCCAAUCAUGCUGGCUUAGUUGACAGAAAACAGAGAUAUGCAGUUAAUGGCGUAUCCUUUAUCCCUGCUGAUACGCCGCUUAAGCUAGCAGACUAUUACAAUAUCAAUGGAGUAUUUAAAGUUGGAAGCAUUCCGGAUCAGCCUGUAGGUAGACAUAUACACCUAGACACUGCAGUUAUGGGAGCAGACUACAGAGCAUUUGUAGAGAUUGUAUUUGAGAACAAAGAGAACAUAGUUCAAAGUUGGCAUCUUGAUGGAUACUCUUUCUUUGUCGUCGGAAUGGAUCAAGGUAGAUGGAGUCCUGCUAGUAAACAACAGUACAACCUUAUAGACGCAGUGUCACGCUGUACCACACAGGUUUAUCCAAGAUCAUGGACGGCAAUAUAUGUUCCCCUAGAUAACGUAGGAAUGUGGAACCUGAGGACUCAAUUCUGGGCAAGGCAGUACCUUGGCCAACAGUUUUAUUUGCGAGUUUAUACACCAGUUCAGUCAUUCCGCGAUGAAUAUCCUAUUCCAAAGAAUGCUUUGCACUGUGGUAGGGCCAAGGGUAGAACCAUAAGAACAUUAUAGUUCUUUCAAAGACACUUGGAAAAUGAAGACUAAGAAGGAGCACUUACUGAUACUUGCACAAGAAAAAAAUGACCUCUUGUCAUCUUUCCAUUGCUGCUAAUCAUUUAUCACUUAACUAUUUUACUAAUCCAAUCAUUCAUUCCUACACUGUAAUUCAAAGUAUUGCUUAUUAGAAUUAGACAUGUAUCUAGCAUUGGUGUUUGUAUUAUGUCACUAAUUAUGUGUAAUAUCAUUUAAAGUUCCCAAAUUACAAAUAACUAAGUCUCAGAGAGUUUAAACAUCA